CGAUUUGCUGGAAUGCGGGCCUUUGCCUUCCUCGCCACUUCAGCGCACGCGUGCACCCUCAUUGCAGUCGGCUCCAAGGCCACCAUUGAUGGCUCUGCCAUGGUUGCCCAUACCAACGAUGGCAUGCCAAGUCCCAAUGACCUCCGCUUGGUGCGCGUGCCAGCCAUGAACCACUCGAACACUUCCCAGCGCAGCGUAUACAACUACCUCGUUCGUCGGGGAAACCCUCGGCUUGUGACGGCCGAACGUGGGCCCGGUUACAUGCCUCGAAACGGCACCGACCAAGCUUUCUCGAUUCCCACGGGCUACAUUCCUCAAGUCCCCACCACUUAUGCGUACUGGGAUCAUGAUUUUGGCAUGCAGAACGAGGUGCAGCUGAGCAUUGGUGAGUCCACUUGCGCCGCCAAAACAGUCGGCUAUCCAGUUGACGUUCCGAACGGGCGAAACCUCUUCGACAUUGACGAACUGAGCAAAAUCGCCCUCGAACGAUGCGACACUGCUGUUUGCGCUGUAAAGACGAUGGGCGCACUGGCCGAGGAGUUUGGGUUUUACGGCGAGUAUUCAAAGGAUCCCUUGGUGCCUGCGUAUGCCGGCAGUGCUGAAGCAUUGAUCAUUGCCGACAAGUACCAAAACGUGUGGAUCUUCCACAUUCUCACUGGCGCUCACAACUCAGGGGCCAUCUGGGCCGCGCAGCGCCUCGGCGACGACCAGUUCACGAUCGUCCCCAACACGUUUGUGAUUCGAACGCUCAACUUGACCGACUCGGCCAACUACUUGGCGUCGCCCAACGUGUCGGCACAUGCGUACGCGCAAGGAUGGGCAUCACCAGAGGAACCGUUUGACUUUACGGCGGCCUACGGGUAUGCCGCGCCCAAUUCAAGCAAACCGCUGUAUGGGGGCCGUCGCAUGUGGAGAGCAUUCAGCAUCGUGGCGCCGUCGGUAUCGCUGGAUCCAGACGUCGGCUUUCACGUCCGAGUCCCGACGUACCCGCUGUCAAUCAAGCCCGACGUGGCGAUCUCCCCAGAGGUGAUCAUGAACAUUUUCAGCGAUUACUACCAGAACACCACGUACGACUUGGCCAAGGGCGUGGCGGCGGGGCCAUUCCACGAUCCCGUCCGAUACACUAGUCGUGCCAACCACCUGCGGGGCAACUGGGAGCGCUCCAUGUCGUUGGCGCGCACGACCCACAGCUUUGUGCUGCAAACGCGACCGAACAUGGCGGAUGGAAUCGGCGGCGUGGCGUGGUAUGCGCAGGGGGUUCCAGCAGACUCGGUGUACUUUCCCAUCUCAUGUGGCCAGACCACGCUGCCAACCGUGUUCAACCAAGCGAUUCGAUCGAAAUUCGACACCGAGUCCACCUGGUGGGCGUUUCAGUUCACGACCAACUGGGCGCACCUUCGCUACGACCUCAUUCACCACGAAAUCCAAGUGCAACGCCUCAAGUAUACCACUUUAGCAAGGGAGCUUCAGCAAUCCACUGAAGCAACCUCAACCUGUCGAUCGCGCAAUCUGUCGACCUCGGACUGCGUGGCGUUGGUGGAAUCGGCGUACAACGAGUUCAUUGUGACCACGACCAACGCGUGGUGGCAGUUUGCAUGGCGCUUGGUCUCGUCGUUCAACGCCGGGUACGAAUUCUUCAACGAGUCGGCCACGGGGGGUCGCAGCAUCGGGUACCCUGCGGACUGGGCCAACCAGACCGAGUACGUGUUGUAUCCGCAGCACUACCACCCUCCAGCGCAAGUGGCGGCAGAAGAGAACAGGACGGCUGCCGUGGACCCUGACACGGGUGUGCUGUCGAUUGUGGUCGGUGGAUCGAGCGCUCCAGUUGAAGCGUUUUCUCUGUCCAGUGGGUUCUUACUUGGGUUUUUGUGCGGCACGAUGUCGUUGUCGCUGGUGGUGGCGGCGGUCGCGCUUGUCAGUCGCGUGCGGCAGGAGGUGGCAUCUCCCAAGGCUCCUGCUAGUGUGGAAGAGCAAGGUGAACCUGCCCAGGGCGACAAUAAGGUGGUAGCCGCUACUGAUUCUGCUAUAGUCUAA